AUGACCACCCUCCCCAACCUCCCAGCUCGCGCCCGCGAGCUAGACCUCGUCAACAAAGUCGCCGUAAUCAGCGGCGCAUCCCGCGGCAUCGGGCGAGCAAUCGCCUUCAAUCUCGCAUCACGAGGCUGUUCCAUUCUCGGCACCUGCACCAGCGACAAAGGCAUCGAUUCGAUCUCAUCAACCCUCAACAACGAAGUAACAAACCUAGCCUUCAAAUCUACAUCUCGAAGCAAACCCGAAACCCUCCAGAUCAAAGGCCUAGUCGCCGACAUAUUCUCUUCCAGCUGUGCCAGCACGAUCGCCGACGAAAUCAACACAAGCUUCAACGGGCGCGUGGACAUAUUCAUCAACUGCGCCUGCGAUCCUAUACCCGGUGUAAUUGGUGAGAUGGACGCGACCGAAAUCCAGCAUAGUCUUCUCGGCAACAUACAGACACCGGUGCUGAUAGUUGAAGAGUUUGUUCGGCGGAAGUACUUCCAGAAAAAUAGUCGGAUCAUUUACAUUUCAUCUAUUCGGUCCCGUUUACCGUGGAGUGGACAAUUGAUUUAUGGGGCUGGUAAGUCGGCUGGUGAGUCGCUUUGUAGGACUUGGGCUCAGGCUUUUGGUGGGAAGGAGGAGAGGUAUGCUUUUAUGGAGGGAACUACGGCGAAUGCUGUUUCGGUGGGCUUGACGGAGACAGAGGCCGUGGUUAAUUGUGGACCUGAGGCUGUAGAGCAGUUUCAGAAUGAGUUCUUUCCUACACAGUGUAUACCACGGCUUGGGCAACCGGAUGAUGUCGCGGAUGUGGUUGGGUUGUUGAGUGGUGCGGAUGCGAGAUGGAUUACGGGCUCGGUCAUUAGUGCUAGUGGAGGUUGUGUUAAGGUUGGUUGA